AUGGAAAACCAGCAUCGUGCUCCGAAUGAAGGCAGCGGCUAUGAAAACGAUUCAACUCGCCGACUUUACAAUCCGUAUCAAGAUUUGCAGGUCCCGAUACAAACCCUGUACAAGCUCCCCACCUCCCCGGAGUAUCUCUUCCCGGAGGAAUCCCGCGCGCAACGCCGUUCAUGGGGAGAGAAUCUCACGUACUACACCGGAAUAAGUUACUUGGCCGGUUCCUCUGCCGGCGCCGCAAAGGGAUUUGUCUCCGGCGUCAAGUCCAUUGAGUCCACGGACACCAUGAAGCUGAAAAUCAACAGGGUACUCAACGGGUCAGGUCAUACCGGCCGCCAGAUUGGAAACCGGUGUGGGGUCAUAGGACUGCUCUUCGCAGGCCUUGAGAGCGGCAUGGUCGCAUAUAGAGAUACAGAUGAUGUGAUCAACAGUGUGGUCGCGGGACUUGGCACGGGGGUGCUCUACAAGGCGGCAGCCGGACCGCGUUCUGCAGCCGUGGCAGGGGCGAUAGGCGGUGUGCUCGUCGGGCUCGCUGUUACCAGCAAACAGGCAUUGAAACGAUACGUGCCGAUCUGA